GAUCUGCACAUUUGAAGCAGCAGGUCCUGUGGAGACUUCAGCUGGAAGGCUCUGCUCUGAUUUCCGUCGGCUGGCCGGCAACUUUCUCGGACAGAGGGGGGAAGCUCUGAUUGGAGCCCGCAGAUUGGUGGUGAAGAAAAACGUGGUCAUAAAAAGCAGCCGCCAUGUGGAGGGUGUCAGCAGUCGUGCGCCACCUGACACUUACAAUUACAGCUCUGGCGUGUUUGUGCGCUGAAGUGUCCUGCCUGAAGAUCACACCUGAUGGCAACGAGUUCGUGCUGACUCGAGGCUCGUCCCUCAACCUAACCUGCUCCGACUUCACUGAGAUCACCUGGGAAUUCAAAAGCGAUGACAUGCUCAAGUAUCUGAAAGAGAAGGAUGAAAAUGGUCAUCAACGAUACCAAAUUGUGCGAAGAGAUGCCGUGUCCAGUGUUCUAAUGCUAAAGAAUGUGAACUGGAAGCAUACUGGUGUGUAUCAGUGCGUCAGUCGAAGCUCUGGGGAAACUAAGGAGGUGGCUGUGUUUGUUCCAGAUCCUGAGGUGUGGUUUGUAAAAAGCACCCAUGGCAUGGUGGCAAAGACCAGUGAAGAAAGCAUCAUCCCGUGUGUGGUCACCAACCCCAACAUCACCGUCACCCUGCAUGAGCAGGACACCGACCGGCCCAUUACAGGCCUGUACGCCCCCGCUGAGGGGUACAAGGCACCGCUGGAGGACAGGACGUACGUGUGCCGCGGAGAGCUGAACGGGGAGGUGAAAGACUCCCAGGGUUUUAACGUCAUCAGUGUUAUCGUCUCUGAGGCCAUCGAUCCUUACAUCGACGCUUCCAAGACGGUCCUGAAGCAGGGAGAAGCUCUGUCCGUGAACUGCACGGUGCACGGAGUCGACCUGGUGCUGUUUUCCUGGGAUAUCCCCAACACGGAGCUCAUUGAGGUUGAGCCUCAGACGUACGUCUCGCCCCCCACACGUGCACGCUCCUGCCUCUUCUUCCCUCGCGCCACGGUGGCCCACAGCGGAAAGUACGUCUGCCACGUCUUCGAGAGCGUCCUCGGCAGCACGGCUUCUGCCAGCAUCAACGUCACCGUGCUCGAACAUGGUUUCGUGGACGUGAAGCCUGCUCAGCUUCAGAACGUUUCAGCCAAGCUCCAGGAGAACGUGGAGCUGAGAGUGGACUUCGAAGCUUACCCUCCCCCUCAGGUUCUCUGGACCAAAGAUGGCGCCUCCAUCAAGGGAGACAAAACCAUCGUCGUCAGACACGAGCAUGAAAUAAGAUAUGUUACCAUCCUCACCCUGGUGAGGGUGAGGACGGAGCAGAAGGGCCUCUACUCUGUCCUCGUUACCAACAGAGACGCCACAAAACAAGUUGUCUUCGACCUGGAAGUCCAAGUUCCUGCUCAGAUUAAAGACCUGACCGACCACAACCUCCCUGGAAAGAGGCACUUGGUGACGUGCGUGGCGGAGGGGUUUCCAGCCCCGACGGUCCAGUGGUACAGCUGUGACAGCAUGCUCAAGUGCAGCAACCAGUCGGCCGUGUGGCAGCCGCUGGUUCCACAGCCGGAGGAGCUGAGCAUCCACACCAACGUAACCUACAACAACACACGUAAGAUCAGCCAGGUGCGGAGCCACGUGAUCUUCCACAAACCUCAGCAGGUCACGGUGCGCUGCGAAACCGUCAACCAAGCUGGACUGGUCAGCAGGAGAGACGUCAAACUGGUGUCCAGCACCCUGUUCUCCCAGGUGGCAGUGUUGGCUGCUGUCUUAGCCUUGGUGGUCAUCAUUAUCAUGUCUGUCACCAUCCUAGUCGCUGUGUGGAGGAAGAAGCCUCGCUACGAGAUCAGAUGGAAGGUGAUCGAAUCUGUGAGCCAGGACGGACACGAGUACAUCUACGUGGAUCCCAUCCACCUACCGUACGAUCUGGCCUGGGAGAUAGCCCGAGAAAACCUGGUUCUGAGUCGCACUCUUGGAUCGGGAGCCUUUGGCAGGGUGGUCAUGGCGACUGCUUACGGUCUCACACAUUCCCAGUCCAGCACAAAGGUGGCAGUGAAAAUGCUGAAAUCUACAGCCAGGAGAAGUGAGACUCAGGCGCUGAUGUCGGAGCUGAAGAUCAUGAGUCACCUCGGUCCUCACCUCAACAUCGUCAAUCUGCUCGGAGCGUGCACCAAGCAUGGCCCUCUCUACCUGGUUACCGAGUACUGUCGCUAUGGCGACCUGGUGGACUACCUGCACAGGAACAAGCACACCUUCCUGCAGUACUACACCGAGAAGAACCAGGAUGACGGCUGUCUCAUUUCAAGAGGAAGCACCCCUCUCAGCCAGAGAAAAGGCCUCGUGUCCUUCGGAAGCAAGAGCGACGGAGGAUACAUGGACAUGAGCAAAGACGAGCCCUCCAUCUACGUGCCCAUGCAGGAGCAGUUAGACACCAUCAAAUACGCAGACAUCCAGCCUUCUCCGUAUGAGUCCACCUACCAGCAGGACCUCUAUCAGGAGCAAGGUGGAAUCCAAGUGGACCUGGUAAUGAGUGACUCUCCCAGUCUCACCUACGAUGACCUCCUGGGUUUCAGCUUCCAGGUGGCAAAGGGAAUGGAGUUCCUGGCCUCCAAGAAUUGCGUUCAUCGGGAUUUGGCUGCCAGGAAUGUUUUGAUCUGUGAGGGUAAGCUGGUGAAGAUUUGUGACUUCGGCCUGGCCAGAGACAUCAUGCACGACUCCAACUACAUCUCCAAAGGCAGCACCUUCCUGCCCCUGAAGUGGAUGGCACCAGAGAGCAUUUUCAACAACUUGUACACCACCCUGAGCGACGUGUGGUCGUACGGCAUUCUGCUUUGGGAAAUUUUCACUCUGGGAGGAACCCCUUACCCAGAUUUGCCCAUGAAUGAAAUCUUCUACAAUGCUCUGAAGAGAGGCUACCGAAUGGCCAAACCUGCCCACGCUUCUGAUGAAAUUUAUGAGAUCAUGAAGAAGUGCUGGGAUGAAAAGUUUGAGAAGAGGCCCGAGUUCUCCCUCCUGGUGCACAAUGUCGGGAACAUGCUGAUGGACAGCUAUAAGAAGGUAUUUGAAGAUGUGAACCAGUUUCCUGAGUUUAAUCACUAUUUAUGUUCACUUUAG